AUGACUCUAAACAAAGACGUGUUUGAGGAAUUAUGUGACCAAGAUGGUGGAUUUGUGCUGUUGGGAAAUAAUAAAGCUUGCAAGAUUGCAGGAAUUGGAUCUGUGAGAUUCAAGCUCCAUGAUGAGUCAAUAAGGAUAUUGAUUAAUGUCAGUUAUGUGCUCUACCUUAAGAGUAAGUUUAUUUCUCUUGGGGAAUCCUACAAGAAAGGAUAUGUUUCCAAUGAAGAGAAAAGUAUCCUAAGGUUAAUGAAGGGGUUGAAGGAAGUCUUGAGAGACGUGAAGAAACAAGGCUUGUAUACCCUUGAGGCUAAGGUUGUAAGUGGUUCAACAUAUGUGGCAUCCAUAAACCCUACAUCGAAAACAGAGUCGUGGCACAAGCGACUUAGCCAUGGUGAUUUUAAAAAAAGAAAGUUAUGGGUAUUCAUCAAGAAGAUUAAGGAUGAAACUUUUGAAAAUUUUAAAAGUUGGAAGACCCUGGUCAAAAAACAAACUGAUAGGAAGGUCAAGAGGUUAAAGACCGACAAUGGUCUUGAGUUUUGCAAUGAGGCUUUCGACAACUAUUGUGUUGCGUAUGGUAUUGCAAGGCACAUAACUACUGCAUGUACUCCGCAACAAAAUGGUCUGGAUGAAAGUUGGUCGGAAUACCAAAAUCUUUGGAGAAGAGCUGGAAUAGGAAGAGAUUUCUAUGGAGGUGGAGCAAGUGAUGUUGAAGUGAAAAACCCAUAUGAAGUCAAAGAAGAAGCACAAGGUGCUAAUAACAAUGAAGAGACUGAUAUUAACUAUAUGCUGGCAAGAGACAGGCCGAGAAAAGUCAUCAAGUCACCUCAGAGACUUGGUUAUGUAUAUCUUAUAGCUCAUGCCUUAAUCUCUACAAAUAAGGUUCUAGAUGAAGAAACUAGAGACUAUAAGGAAUUUAUGAGGAGUCAAGACAAGACUGAAUGGAUGAAAUCCAUGGAUGAUGGGAUGAAAUCUCUUUAUGAUAAUAACCCUUGGAGUUGA